AUGUCAAAAGAAUUCUUUUCAGCUAACCCUUUCCACAGGGAUAGUAGGGCUAGAAAUCCCGAUACAGCUCUCACUGGUCAUAGUGAUACUCAAGAUCAAGAAUUUACAGCAGCAAUUCCUUUGAGUGGAUUUAAAACUCCAAAAAUAAAUCCUGAAAGGUUUGGUGGUAUUUCUAAGUUUGGAGAGUCCAGUAGAUUCGAAGGAGAUUUAGCUGAUGAAAAAUUAUCUGGUUUAGUUGGUGAUUCUCCCACUAAGGGUCACGACCCUUACUCAGCUUGGAAUCCUAAGGAAUUAGUUCCUAUCUCUGUUGAAGACAUGGAAGCGAUCUUCCUUCGAUUAACCGAAGUCUUUGGGUUUCAAUUCGAUAAUACGAAGAACAUAUUUGAUUACUUUAUGAGAAUUCUUGAUUCCAGAGCUUCUAGAUUAGGACCUAGCAGAGCUUUGAGAUCAGUACAUGCAGAUUAUAUUGGAGGUCUUAAUGCAAACUUUAGAAAAUGGUAUUUUGCAGCUCAAUUGGAUAUCGAUGAUUCUAUUGGUUUCACUAAUUUAAAAAUCAAUGGUAAACCGAGAGAUAAAUCACUUACAGUAGAUAGUAUGUUGGAGUCGGAGGCGAAAUGGUACAAUACCAUGACCAACUUAGGAGCGGAUGAAUGUGUAACUCAAGUAGCUUUAUACUUACUUAUUUGGGGUGAAGCCAACAAUGUAAGAUUUAUGCCUGAAUGUUUAUGUUUUAUUUUCAAAUGUUGCAAUGAUUACUACUUCUCAGAGUCGAAAUUUUCAGUUAAACCAAGUAAAAGCUUUUUAGAACAUGUAAUAACCCCUAUUUAUAACUUUUAUAGAGAUCAAUGUUAUCAUAAGGUUGAUGGAAAUUACGUUCGUUUGGAUAAAGACCAUAAGAAUGUCAUUGGUUAUGAUGAUAUGAAUCAGUUAUUUUGGUAUGAGAAAGGAUUGGAAAGAAUUGUUCUUGAUGACAAAACAAGAUUGAUCGAUUUACCUCCAGAAAAUAGAUACAGAAACCUUAAUCGAAUUGUUUGGAGGAAAGUAUUCUCCAAAACUUUCAAAGAAUCCAGAAGUUGGUCUCAUGUAUUGACCAAUUUCAAUAGAAUUUGGAUCAUUCAUGUAUCGAUGUUUUGGUAUUUUACAAGUUUUAAUGCUCCUUCUUUAUAUACUCAUCGUUAUAAUCCAUCUUUGGAUAACCAACCAACAACACAAGCUCGUCUUACUAUCAUGUCGAUUGCAGGGGGUAUAGCUUGUUUGAUAUGUUUGAUAUCUACUUUAUUUGAAUUAUCCUUUAUUCCCAGGAAAUACCCUGGUGCUGAGCCAUUGUUUAGAAGGUUUUAUAUGUUAAUGCUAUUGUUGGCUUUUAAUAUUGGACCUUCAAUUUAUUAUUUAGGUUUCAAGCCUUUGAAUCAUCAAAAUAUUACGGGAUUAGUUAUCACUUCCAUUCAAUUUGUCGGCUCAUUGUCCACGGUACUUUAUUUAUCAUUUGUUCCCCUAGGAAAAUCUUUCAAACCUUUAGUAACAGAAAGUAGGAGAUUUCUACCUAAUGAUUAUUUUACACUGAAUUUCCAUAAACUUAGAGGAACAGAACAGGCUGCUUCGGUCGGUCUUUGGCUUGCUGUAUUCUUAUUCAAAUUUGUUGAGUCGUAUUUCUAUCUCACAUUAUCAAUAAAGGAUCCUAUCAGAGAAUUAAGAGUAAUGACAAUGACUAGAUGCGCUGGUGAUAUUUGGAUAGGAAGGAAUUUGUGUAAAUAUCAUUCUACCAUCGUGUUAGCUUUGAUUCUUUUAACUGAUCUAGUGUUAUAUUUCCUAGAUACUUAUCUUUGGUACAUUGUGUGCAACACAACAUUUUCUAUAUUCAGAUCAUUCUACAUCGGAGUUUCAAUUUGGACUCCAUGGAGAAAUAUAUUUUCAAGAUUACCGAAAAGAAUUUUUGCAAAGAUAAUUGCAGCUCCAAAUGAUGGAUCAAUCAACUCCAAAUUCUUAGUUUCCCAAGUUUGGAACUCAAUUAUUAUUCUGAUGUACAGAGAGCAUUUAUUAUCAAUAGAGCAUGUACAGAAACUCAUUUAUAAGCAAAUUGCUUCCCCCAAUGCUAUGUCUGAAGAUGAAACCAUUUUGAAAGAACCUUCGUUCUUUGUGUCCCAAGAGGAUAUGACCAUGAAAUCAACAUUAUUUCUGGAGAAUUCGGAAGCUCAAAGGAGAAUCACUUUUUUUGCACAAUCACUUUCUACCCCUAUGAGAGAGAUUGGACCUACAAGUUCCAUGCCUUCAUUUACAGUCUUGGUACCUCAUUAUAGUGAAAAGAUCACUUUGUCAUUAAGGGAAAUUAUACGAGAAGAGGAUCAAUAUUCAAAUAUCACCAUGUUAGAAUAUCUCAAGAAACUUCACCCCCUUGAAUGGUCCUGUUUUGUUAAGGAUACAAAGUUGUUGGCUGAAGAAUUUAAUAGUGAUACAUCUUCACCGGAGUUUGGUGUUAAUGAAAAGAUUGACGAAAAUCCUUACUAUUCAGUUGGGUUCAAGGUGGCCACCCCUGAAUAUGUUUUAAGGACUAGGAUAUGGGCAUCGUUGAGAGCACAAACCUUAUAUCGUACUAUAUCAGGAUUCAUGAAUUAUUCUAGAGCCAUAAAAUUAUUAUUUGAUGUGGAAAAUCCCUUGGAGAAUUUUGACUCUGAACUUGAAAAGUUAGAAGCAGGUUCUUUAAUGGCUCUUAGAAAAUUUUGUUUGUUAAUCACCAUGCAAAGAUUCAAGUAUUUUACAGCAGAAGAAAGGGAUAAUACAGAAUUUUUAUUGAGAGCUUACCCUGAGUUGCAAAUUGCCUAUUUAGACGAAGAUAUUGAUCCUCAGACAGAUGAAACUAUUUAUUAUUCGGCUUUGAUCGAUGGGACUUGCCCAAUAAUGGAGGAUGGUGAAAGAAUUCCGAAAUAUAGAAUCAGAUUGUCAGGUAAUCCUAUUCUUGGAGAUGGGAAAUCUGAUAACCAAAAUCAUGCCCUUAUUUUCACCAGAGGUGAGUAUAUUCAAUUGGUAGAUGCUAACCAAGACAAUUAUCUUGAAGAAUGUCUCAAGAUAAGAAGUGUUCUUAACGAGUUUGAAGAAUCGGCUCCUCCAUUGGAUGUAUAUUCAUUGGAGUUGAGAGAUAAGGAGUAUUCUAAUCCUGUGGCUAUCAUUGGAACCAGAGAAUAUAUCUUCUCAGAGAAUAUAGGUGUUCUUGGAGAUGUGGCUGCCGGUAAGGAACAGACUUUUGGUACUUUAUUUGCCAGAACUCUUGCUCAUAUUGGAGGUAAAUUACAUUACGGACAUCCUGAUUUCUUGAAUGCAAUAUUUAUGACUACUAGAGGAGGAGUAUCGAAAGCUCAAAAAGGUUUACACCUUAAUGAAGAUGUCUAUGCUGGUAUGAAUGUAUUAUGUAGGGGUGGUAAGAUAAAACAUUGUGAAUACAUGCAAUGUGGUAAAGGAAGGGAUUUAGGAUUUGGAUCGAUUUUAAAUUUUACUACCAAGAUUGGAGCAGGAAUGGGAGAACAAAUGUUAUCCAGAGAACAAUUCUACCUCAGUUCCAAAUUACCCUUAGAUAGAUUUUUGUCUUAUUAUUAUGCCCAUCCAGGAUUCCAUUUGAACAAUGCUUUUAUUAUACUUUCCAUCAAAUUGUUUUUGAUAGUAGGAGUUAAUAUUGCAGCAUUAACCAAUGAAAGUAUUGUUUGUGAGUAUGAUAAGAAUAGACCUAUAACAGACCCACAUUUACCUAGUGGAUGUUAUAAUUUAAUACCAAUAGUUCAUUGGUUGGAAAGAUCAAUAUUAUCAAUAUUUAUAGUGUUUUCUAUAGCAUUUUUACCCUUAUUUAUCCAAGAAUUGAUGGAAAGAGGUUUCUAUAAGUCAGUCACCAGAUUGAGUAAACACGUAAUUUCAUUAUCACCAUUAUUUGAAGUAUUUGUUUGUCGUGUAUAUGCAGAGUCAUUAGUAAGUGAUAUGUUCAUAGGUGGAGCCAGAUAUAUAGCUACAGGUAGAGGUUUUGCAACAGUCAGAGUCCCAUUUGCCAUCUUAUAUUCAAGAUUUGCAACUGAAAGUCUUUAUUUUGGAGCCAUUUCAGGAUUAUUAAUCUUUUAUACAUCAAUAGCCAUGUGGAAACUUCCAUUAUUAUAUUUUUGGGCCACUAUAGUUGGACUAUUGAUUUGCCCUUUCAUAUUUAAUCCUAAUCAAUUUAGUUUCAACGAUUUCUUCAUCGAUUAUAAAAACUAUUUGAGGUGGUUAUCGAUGGGUAAUAGUAGAUCAAGACCAAGCUCAUGGAUAGGAUUCACAAGAAUGAGCCGAAGUAGAUUGACUGGAGUUAAAAAGAUGAAAAAUUUCGGAUUUGAUGAAGUCAGAAUUAUAAGUAACGUCAAACCUUCUAAGUUUAACAUAUUGAUCACAAGAUCAAUCUUUGAAUUUAUUGAAAUUGGAUUCUUAUUGGCAGCCUAUUUAUUUGCCAAUUCUUUGAACGAUACAAGGAAUGCUUCUCCUACAUCAAGUCUUUUAAGAAUAUGUAUCAUAACAUUUGGUCCUAUUGUAGUGAAUAUGGUGAUCUUAUUAGUUUUCAACGUCGUUUCAUUACUUUUAGGACCAUUUUGUUCUUUGUUUUGUAGUAAAUUCCCCAGUUUCAUCGCUAUGAUCGUUCAUUCAUUAGCAUUGAUCAAUCAUAUAAUUUUUUUCGAAUUAUUGUGGUUUUUGCAGAAUGGCGAUUUCUCCCGUACCAUUUUAGGGUUAGCAGUAUCAAUUUUAAUGCAAAGUUGGUUAUUGAAAACCAUCACCACUUUGGUUGUUUCCAGAGAAUUUAGACACGAUAGAGCAAACAUUGCUUGGUGGUCAGGGAAAUGGAUAGGAUCAGGUCUAGGAGUUCAUAUCUUCACUCAACCUUUCAGAGAAUAUAUUUGUAAGAUAGGAGAGAUGAGUUAUUUCGUUGCAGAUGUUCUUAUUGGUCAUUUCAUACUAUUCAUUCAAUUUCCUUUAUUAUUCGUACCCCUUAUAGAUAAAUGGCAUACUUUGAUGUUAUUCUGGUUAUCACCUGCCAGUCAACUUCGUCCUCGAUUAUUAACUAAGAAACAACGACGGAAAGUUCAUUUGACUGUUAAUGUGUACUUUUUCAUUUUCUUAGUUAUGAUGUUGCUAUUUAGUUGUUGUUUUGCUUUACCUAUAAUCAUCACCAGAAUUUUGAAAGUGGAUUUGGAAGAUCUUAUGCCACAAAUCAUUAAAGAUUUGAUUCAACCUUUACCUGUGAACAUGAUGAAGAAAGGUUUGAAGGAAGGUUUGAUCAAAAGCUAUUGA